UCUUUAUUAUGAUAGAACAUGAAUGUUAAAAUGCUUUCUUCUGUGUCAAUGUCCAAAACUUUGUACUAUUUUUAAAAGUGAUACUUGAGACAUAGAAAAUUAAAGACUUUCAGGUUUCUCCAAUUGCACAAAUUUCUACUAUAUGCUGACAAUAGAAUGAGUCUUAUUUCAUGCAAUAAAAUAAGGAAUGUUGGUUGAAUUGAAAUCUCGAUAUUGCCUCACAUUAGAAUGAUGAGUACUGCUUGUUUCACUAGUGAUCUGGGCUACCAAAAGUGCUUUCUGACUCCUGCUGGAAAGCUCAUCAGGUGCAGCUCCCAGAAUAUUCUUAGGAUGUUAACUUCAACACACACAGGCCCUGGUGUGAAUGUGUCAGCCACACAGGAGAGUGAGGCUCACUUUGAGGCAUGGGAAUAUGUUUUACUGCUUCUGGUAAAAAUUAAACAGAGGAGGGAGAAAAGAAGAAAUAUCACACACACAACUUUUCUGGAACUUCUGAAGGGAGAAUGAUAUCCUUGGAUGCAAUGGAAGUUUAAAAAAAGAAAAAGAAAACAUAAAAAGUUAUCACACUCGUUGAAUUCAACUAAGAAUUGUUUAUUAUUAACAAGGUGAUAUCCAAUAUUUAACAAUUCUUAUUCACAUACAAGAAAAAAUGCCACUUAGCAGUCUCUUAGACUGGGCUUUGGCUGUGCAUUAAAAGUGUGGCAGUAUCUUAUUGCAGAAAAAAGACCCCACACUGUGCCUUCUUCUCCUCGCAUUUGUUAAGAAUGAAGCUGAAGGAAACUGCUGCAUUAGCGCUGGUGCCCAAGAUGGAGCCCCAAUAGUUAGCCUGAAGCAUUUCAGAGCCUGAAGCCCAGCCCCCUCCUCUGGAAGAGGCUUCAGAUCUGUCAACCUCCUACUAGUGGAGAUGCGCAGCAGAACUAAAUCUGUGCGUUGGUCUCAGUGUGGGAUGGUUUGCCACCAUUUUUUGUUUUGUUUAAGCAAAGUAAAAUAACACUCAAUGUGUGUAGUCAGCUGGUUGUCCCUCUUUGCUGAUGGAGCUCUUUGCUGAUGGAGAAGGCUGCCUUCUCUGUUAGAGGUCUUCGUCUGGGGCCACAUCUCCUAUCCCCAGGAACCCACUGAGUGCGCUGCGGCAUCCCUCCGUCUUGCAUUUCACGCGCUCCUCAGAGCCAGGGCGCGCGUCCUGCUGAUUCAUGUAUUUCUGCCCUUUGUCAUGUAUGGAGAGAAAGGAAGGAUGAAUGGACGGUCUUUGAUUGGCGGCGCUGAUGAUGCCCCUCCUGGUCCUCUUUGGACAGACCCUUUUGGAAAUAAAGCUGUUGAGGCAGCGCAUGAAGGCUUCGCCCGGCUAAACUUGACCCUGGCCCAUGGGCCACCAGAACAGGAAUCAGAGGAAGAGAUGGCCAUGGAGGACAGACCCACUAUGAUUAAAAUGGACCAAAGUGAAAACCAGGGUUCACCAUGUCGAGGGAGCAGGUGCCUCCCCAAAGCGCUUGGCUAUGUCAUGGGUGAUAUGAAAACAUUUGCCAACUGGCUUAAAGACAAACCCCAGGUACUCCAGUUUGUUGACUGGGUUCUUAGGGGCAUGUCCCAAGUGGUGUUUGUCAGCAACCCCAUCAGCGGAAUCCUGAUUGUGGUGGGACUCCUGGUCCAGAACCCCUGGUGGGCUCUCAAUGGCUGUGUGGGAACGGUGGUCUCCACCCUGACGGCCCUGUUGCUCAGUCAGGACAGGUCAGCAAUUGCCGCAGGGCUCCAGGGCUACAACGCCACCCUGGUGGGAAUACUCAUGGCUGUCUUUUCAGACAAGGGUAACUACUUCUGGUGGCUGUUAGUCCCUGUAUGUGUUAUGUCCAUGACUUGCCCAAUUUUCUCAAGUGCACUGAACUCCGUGUUCUGCAAAUGGGACCUCCCUGUCUUCACCCUGCCCUUCAACAUGGCGUUGUCAAUGUACCUUUCGGCCACAGGACAUUAUAAUUUGUUCUUCCCAAGCAAAUUGUUCACACCUGUAACCUCAGUUGCCAAUGUCACCUGGUCUGACCUCAAUGCCCUGCAGUUAUUGAAAUCCCUGCCUGUGGGUGUUGGUCAGAUAUAUGGCUGUGAUAAUCCAUGGACAGGGGGCAUUUUCCUAUGUGCCAUCCUGCUCUCCUCCCCACUCAUGUGCCUACAUGCUGCGAUCGGAUCAUUGGUGGGGGUAAUAGCAGGAAUCAGUCUUUCGGCUCCAUUUGAGGACAUCUACGCUGGACUCUGGGGUUUGAACAGCUCUCUGGCCUGCAUUGCAAUUGGAGGAAUGUUCAUGGCACUCACCUGGCAAACCCACCUCCUGGCUCUUGCCUGCGCCCUGUUCACUGCCUACCUCGGAAGCAGCAUGUCAAACCUGAUGGCUGUGGUUGGAUUACCAUCUGGUACCUGGCCCUUCUGUUUGGCCACACUGUUGUUCCUCUUGCUGACCACGAAAAACCCCAACAUCUACAAGAUGCCCCUCAGUAAAGCCACUUAUCCUGAAGAAAACCGCAUCUUCUACCUACAAGCCAAGAAAAAGAUGGUUCAAAGCCCUUUGUGAGAGCUACCUCCGUCCACGUUCAUGGUCACAAGUCAUUUCCAGGGUCUCAGCAAACCUGUUUUUCACUAGUAACAACUUUCAUUCUAAACCAUCAGUUAUCUGUUCUUAUGCUUAUUUUGUAUUUUUCUUUUAGACUCCAGGAACAUCCCCAAAGAUGUAAGAGACACAUCCAGAUGAUGUGCCCUGGCUACGGAAUUUUAAACCCUAGUGGGACAUUGGCGCUAAGACUGUAAUAUAUUUAUAAAGUCAAAAUACUCCAACGGAAAGAGGGAGUGAGACUGGACUAAUUAUUAAUAUUUAUUAAUAUUCUUGGUGUUUGGUUGGUUACAUAAUAUUAACAGUAUUAAAAAUUAAGCUCUAUAAACCAAUCAAGACUUAAGUGAAUGGAAUUCAAGGUCAUGAAAUCAAAGUCAACUCAGAAUUCUCAGAUAAGCAGUUCAGCUUAUGAAAAAUCAAUGCAAGUUACACAUUACAGCUCUGGUCAACAUCACAGGGGUGCAGGCUGAUCACACAGCUGGCUCCCCAGUGACUCACCAGAAUGGCCUGGAUGCUGUCCACUGUGUGUGUGGCAUUCUCUUACAGGAGAUCAUUGGUUUUUCUCAAGCUGACAGAGUUGCAGAAAGGAAAAAGGGAUUUUGUCAGUCAGAAUUAUUCUAUACUGUCACGUUUUUCUUGGAGAUUGCAAAGGAUUUUUUAGGUAGAAUUUAUUAUUUUUUUCUUAUGAGAAUGGAUUUGUUUUCAAUAAGAUAAAAUAAGAGAAGAUCCUGGCUUUACCAGUUCCUGGAUAUUAAAGAAAAGUUACAUUUUUAUAAAUACUCCUCAAGGCUAUUUUUAUUUUAAGCCCCAAGUUGAUUUUGUAAAUGCUAUGAUUGCAUAGAAUCAAGUCGUCAACAUCCGAGAGCCCUUUAAGGUCACAUUUUCAAUUCAUCUGAGCAUGUCUUACAUGUUAUAAAGACUGAAAGUUAAGGUCAGCUUGUUCCUGGGUGCUUAGAAGUUGUUGAAUUUCUUACUUUAAAAGAAUUCAUUAUUUUCUACACACAAUAUUCUUGCUCAGAAACCAAUGGCAUUUGAACCUCCAAAAAGAAAUACAGAUAACGGGUUCUCUUGUUUUUCUUUUUUUUAAUUUAAAAGUUAUCCGUCCUAUAAAGAUUCUAUGACUAAACAUGCUGAAGAUGGAGGUGGAAAGUUAUCAUCAUUACUAUCCACUUCGGUGUGUAUCAAUUGAGUAUUUUGGAGGAUUCAAAAAGUGAAACAGUGGAAGCCUAAAGAUUUUCUUUUCUCUUUGGGUUUGCAGUGAUCCGUGCAAAGCACACAGUUUGCUGAAUGAAUAAACAAAAGGGAAGUAAACCUAGAAACAUUUUAGGGAGAAGUUCAGUUCUUCCUUAUCUCAGGAAAACAAACAUUGUUCUGAUUGAAAAACCCUGUGACCAAAGCCUUUUGAAACCAUGAAUUUGCAACUGUCAUAGAGUCCUGGAUAUUCCUGUGGGAAAAUGAAAUUUUCAGUGUUUGAACUGAAAUCUCCCUUGUUAGGGAUUUUGUGAAACAAGAGUUGGGUGGGGGGACAAAAAAGCAAGCAUAACCAAAGAGAACCAGGAGUGAGGAACCCGGGCCAUGGCGAGUGAACCUGAGGCCUCUAGAACAUCUCCAAGUCCGCCUUCAGAAUGGAGCUCCAGUGUGCUAACUACACACCUUCUUCCCCGUGCUCACACAGCCUUGUAAAUAGGAACAUUUAAAAGCCUUGUACAUUGUCUAAUUUAAAUAAUACUAAUUUUCUCAAACCAUUUUUGUUACUAAAUAUUAUCCUAAAAUUAAGUGAGUAUUUUAUUAGUUUUCUUGGGGAGCAUUUGUAUUUUUCCUAUUGUCUGUAGAACAAAUUUCUGUGUAAGAAUAUGAAUAAAUUAUAUUCACAGGUCAGUUGUGUGUAAGUGCUGUUUAAAGGCCAUGUAUGCCUUUUAUAGCUAUUGUGUAUAUUAAAAGUCCCAUGCAUAAGUAUGUAUGGCUUCCAUCUCAA